UACUGUUCAGAAAGUAACAGACUAUUUGAAUAAAAAGUGGGCUCAGAGAAGUAGUCCAAAUAAAAUGACCGUUAGCAUGAUUCACGGUGGAAAACCGUGGACGGAAGAUCCUGAUCAUCCGAAUUAUUUGGCUGGUAGGAAAGCUACCAAGCAUGUGUACAAUGUAGACCCUGAUAUGUCGCGCGAAGGUGGUUCGAUUCCGAUUACUCUAACGUUCCAAGAAGUAACUGGUAAAAAUAUAUUACUCUUGCCAGUCGGUGCUGGUGAUGAUGGAGCACAUUCUCAGAAUGAAAAGUUAGACGUUCGUAAUUACAUCGGCGGUACUAAAUUACUUGGAGCUUAUUUGUAUGAGGUAUCUCAACUUUAGCAUUCAACUGCAAUAGAUAUCUCCCACUUAUUUUUAAGAUAUCAAUUUAUUCGAGCAAUAUGUUUACAUAAAAUAUUAAGGUAAUUUUUAUAAUCCAA